AUGGUCAACGCCGGCGACGAAGACCGGAAUCGGCGUAUCAUCUUGAAGAAAUACGAGGUGGGCAGGCUGCUGGGUUGCGGUGCCUUUGCCAAGGUGUACCACGGCCGCGACACGCUCAGCGGGCAGAGCGUAGCGGUCAAGUCCAUCAGCAAGCACCGCAUCAAGGGAGGAGUUGACCUCGACGUUAAACGGGAGGUGUCUAUCAUGCGCCGGCUGCGCCACCCCCACAUCGUGCGCCUCCACGAAGUCCUCGCCACACGGACCAAGGUGUACCUGGUCAUGGAUCUGGCCAAGGGCGGGGAGUUGUUCGCCAAGGUCGCCAGGGGACGGUUCAGCGAGGAUCUCAGCCGCAACUACUUCCGCCAGCUCAUCUCCGCCGUCGCCCACUGCCACUCCCGCGGCGUCUUCCACCGCGAUCUCAAGCCCGAGAAUCUGCUGCUGGACGAGAAUUGGGAGCUCAAAAUCACCGAUUUCGGGCUAAGCGCGGUGGUGGGCCAGGCACGGCCCGACGGCCUCCUCCACACCCUCUGCGGCACCCCCGCCUACGUGGCGCCGGAGAUCCUCGCGAAGAAGGGCUACGACGGGGCCAAGGUCGACGUCUGGUCCUGCGGGGUCAUCCUCUUCGUCCUGAACGCCGGCUACCUCCCCUUCAACGACACCAAUCUCAUGGCCAUGUACCGCAAGAUCUACAAGGGGGAAUUCCGCUGCCCCAGGUGGACCUCGCCGGAUCUGAAGCGGUUACUUACCCGAUUGCUCGAUCCGAACCCGGGAACCCGGAUCACGGUCCACGAGAUCAUGAACGACCCCUGGUUCAGGAAGGGCGGGUACAGGGACACGAACCAGCCGGCCGUGGACAGAGAAUUCGAAUUCAAGCUGCAGGAAUCAAAUCUGAACGCCUUCCACCUCAUAUCCUACUCCGGCGGAGCAGAUCUGUCGGGUUUGUUCGGCGAUGAGGUGGAUUCCGAGAUAUUCGUGACAGCGGAGCCGGCGGAGAAAGUGGCGGAGAGGAUUGAGGAGGUGGCGGAGGAAGAGGGCAUGAGGGUGACGAAGAGGGGGACGACGGGCGUGAGGUUGCAGGGGCAGAAUUGGGAAACGACGGUGAAGGUGGAGAUUAACCGGCUGACGGACGACCGGCUGCUGCUGGUGGAGGUUAAAAGGAGUGCAUCUGGACGGGAUCUGUGGACACAGAAAUUCAAGCCAAGGCUCAAGGAUUUAGUCCUUGGUCAUAAUUAA